UGAGCUUUUUCGGAAUUGGUUGUCAAUUUCUCCGGUUUGUUUUGGCUUGUUUAAAGUGACUAUCGUAAUAUUGUAGUUUUUAUUCAUUUUAAAAUGAAUGUAAAUAAAAACAACAGAUCUGCAUGUAAAAAAUGCGGGUAUACAGGACAUCUCACCUAUCAGUGCAGGAACUUUCUCAAGCUGGAUCCAGAAAGGGAGAUUCUCUUGGAUGUCAGUAGCACUAGCAGUGAUUCUGAUGAUAAAUACGUGACACCCUUAAAAAAAUUAAGAAAAGAAGAACUAGAGGAAGCUGAAAAAAAAAUGGAAAAUACAAAAACGAAGAAAAAGAAAAAUAUCAAAUCUAAAAAAUCGAAGAAGAGAAAAUCUAGGAUGGAUACAGACUCUGAGUCUUCUAGUUUUACUGAGUCUAAUAGCGAUUCAUCGGACGAAUCUAGUUAUGGCACAAGUGAAUCUUCAGGAUCGAACUCUAAUCGCAAAUCUCGUAAACGUAGAAAGAAGAAAUCCUCGAAGAAACAGAAGAAAUUGAAGAAAAAAAAGAAGAAAUAAAUAUUAGAAUUUUUUAUAUAUAUAAUAAUAGAAGACAGACUUUCGGGAAAUAAAAAGAGAACGAAUUUAAAAACGGA